AUCCAACAUAUUCUUAUCGAAAGAAAGCCAAAUAAAAACAAACAAACCUCUUUUCUUUGUGUUUAACGAUGGGAAGCUUCUUCAUCAUCCGUUGCUUCUUGUUAUUCUCCUUCUUCUUCUUCUUCAACGGAGCAUUUGGGAAUACAUGGACCAGAACGGAAAUGGUGGAGAUGGCUGGCUACGGUGAACAGAAACUCUCCUCUGUCAUCAUCACCGGAUCUCUUCUCUGCAAAACUUCACGUCCUCACCUUUACUCUGUCCCUAUUCCAGGUGCCACUGUUGCCAUCAAAUGCCAAACUGGAUCCAAAAGGAGGUCCAAAUGGAUUAAGGCUGUCACUGAUGAAUUGGGAGAGUUUGAAAUCGAUCUUCCCUCCCAACUCCACGCGAUUCCAGACCUCGAAAACAAAUGUUUCAUCAAGCCAGUAUAUGUGCCUAGGCACUAUAGAUGCUAUCACACCUCUACCAAUAUAUACAAACGUAUUAAACUUGUUUCCUCUACCAAUGGCUUCCGAGUCUACACCUCAGGGAAGAUCAGGUUACAGGGCCACACUUCAAGAUCAUAGCGAGAUUCUGGUUUCAACAUUUCAACAAAAGAUUUGAACAGAAACAACAGAUUCUUCAAGUUCCAUCUUGUGAAAAGCAUUUGUUUUUUUGGUCCCCGUUUGUUUAGCUGGCGCUUCAGUCACAGAACCGAGUUGAGUCUCUCUAAAUUGUUUGCAUCAUGUAUAUAUAUAAAGGCUCCCAUGUUUU